AUGUGCGAGAGGCUCUUCGCCCUCCAGCAACCACCCAAGCUACACUCCGAAGCCACGACAGCUGCUCCAAAGCCUGAGCGCCAGGACGAUAGUAAGAACGCCAUCGGGAACUCAGGUAACACUGAGGGCGAGUCGAACAAUGCGAGUGAUGGCACAAUCGAAGAGGCCAUGCCUCAAUCCGAGGGCCUCCGUCUGACAUCCAGUCGUUUACCCGGCGAAGGUGUGGAGAUCCCUACCGUCGCUUUCCAAACAAUUAUCUUUGGAAUCAUGCGGGGACUUUUCAAGGAGAUUGAGGGGAGUUUUGAGGGAGCACACGUAUUUGCGAAAGAGUGCUCAUCAACACUAUCACGACAGGAUCUCCAGGUGAUUGCACGAUUCCAGGGACAGCUCGGAUCCCCAGACACACUCGGAGGAGACCCACCAUAUCCUGUGGCCGAGAACAUGAAGAUUUUCGUCGGAAUGCCCUCUACAAACACGGCCGUUUUGAUCGCGAGGGACGGAGAACGCAUUUGUAAGUUCUCUCAGAAGCAAAAUUGA